AUGGCAGCGGCAACUGAAUACAAAGUAUGGAAAUACCCAAGAUGCGAUAAGGAUAACUGCUCUAGUCAACAGCAUUUUGGACAUUUAAGGAUUACUAAUUUAGUUCAUGCCACACAUUUAAAAUUCGCCAUUAGUAUCUGUACUGCUAAUCAAGAUUAUUAUGCCUUCAGAAUGAGAGGAUUGAAUCUAGCGAAUAACCGAAAGCAAUCCCAUGAAAUUGGAGCGUGUUUUGGAAUUCGAACGGCUAAAAUGACUUCUACUAAUGAUGGUAUUUAUCAGACCAACCCAUAUAUGAAAGAAUCAACCUAUCAACGUUAUUCGCCUGCUUUUAAUCAAACGCGCUAUGGAGGUGUUCAAUUCAUUGUUCAUGAAGAGUUAACGAAAAGAUUAAUUCAGCAGUGUGUAAAAAAAUCCCUGUUUACCGCUAGACAUAAAUCAAAAUUUUCGCAACGCAUUAAAUUAUCGAUAUCAGGGGGUAGCUAUCAUGCUUAUUCGUCAACAAACGAUGAUUUAGCAUACUCCAACUGGUCAGAUAUUUUAUGCUGCGAUAAUCAAAGUGGUUACUGGUUUUGGAAUUAUCAUAAAAUUCCAACGUGGAAGGGCGGAAAAUUUCCAUGGGAAGAGCUUGAAUUUACUAUUAACGGCGAUGAUAACGCGCGAAUUAUGGAUAACCAAUGUAGAAACAGCUCGCUACCCUACUGCAAGAUCGAUAUCCAAAAUAAUCAUCGCUAUUUGUACAUCCGGAAAGAUAUGAUAAAAAUUCAAGUUUUAGAUCAUCCAACAUCGCAUUCUUCUCGACAAUAUAAAAGUAACCGAGAUGAUUUUUGUAUUCCCAGUAUGAGGGAGCAAAAUGAUGGGUACAAUUUUACUUGCCAAUUUCAGGAAUUUAAAGCAAAAUUAAAUGCAAUGCAAGUUACAAAUGAAUUAUAUCGUAGCUGUGAUUUAUUCUUAAAUAAGGACGAUUUUGAAAUUUCAACAAGGGAAUACAUCAAAGAUUUGGAUUAA